AUGCGGAAGCUUAAUACUACGACACUCAGUCGGGAUGGCAAGACUGCUGUCGUCGGAGGCGGAACGAUGCAACACGAGAUCACCCGCUCUCUGUUCGCCUCGGGCAAGUAUGCUGUCACAGGACUUGCAGAAUGUGUGUCAGUAGCCGGGCCACUGUUAGGUGGCGGCCACAGUCUACUCCAAGGUCAACACGGCUACUCUCUCGACGGUCUGGUCUCCGCACGCGUAGUACUUGCCAGCGGUAAAGUUAUGGAAGCCUCUCGGACAAAUAAUGCCGACCUGUUUUGGGCCCUGCAGGGAGCAGGUCAUAACUUUGGCAUUGUCACAGCCCUUCAAGUGAAGACCUACGACAUCCCUUCCAACUGGACCGUCUACUCACUCGUCUUUACCACCGACAAAAUCGAGGCGCUGUUCAGCUUGAUCAACGAAUUUGAAGAGCCGACUAUAGAACGCCCGACAAAGCUGGCGCUUACAGGAGUGUUCGCGAGGAUACCUGCCGUCGAUCCUGUCAAUCCUGUCGUAGCAUACACUAUCGCAUACGAGGGUACGGAAGCAGAAGCUAAACCUUACGCCGCGCGUUUUAUAGCGAUCGGUCCUGUAUCUACUACACUUUCGACGAACGUCAACUACGUAGAGCUAUACACGGUCACCGGCAACAACCUCGGAAGUCAAACCUGCUGGCGCAACGAGAACAUCGCAGGAGCCGGAGUUUCUCUACCCGCCUGGGAUCUUCAGGGUGUCCGAGAAGCAUUCACGAUAUUUGGGAACCUCACGGCCGAUCCUCGCUUCAAUACAUCUGUCACCCUACUGGAAAACUACGGCAUGCAAGGCGUACGGGCUGUUGAUACAGCUUCCACUGCAUUGGCGCCCGAGGAACGCGAGUAUCCUGUUCUCGCUUCGCCGGUUUUGUGGUGGACCGGCGACGAUGCGCAGACGACCAGGGAUGCAUAUGCAUACCAACGUGCGGUACGCAAUGCGCUAUACAUGGGCGUGGACAAAAGCAACAGGAAGCGACACUGCUAUGUUAAUUACGCUAACGGAGAAGAGAAUAGGCCUGAGAUGUAUGGGUACGAUGCUAGGCUCGCUAAGUUGGUCAAGUUGAAGGGUGAGUGGGAUCCGAAGAACAGGUUUGGGUAUUACAACCCAAUAGUGUAG